AUGACCACUUCCAAACCCGCGUCCCGAGGCCGAACCAAGGUGAAGACGGGUUGCGCAACAUGCCGAAAGAUCAAAUGCGACGAGGCCAAGCCCUUUUGCGAGAAGUGUGUCAAGACUGGGCGCAAAUGUGAUGGUUACGAGUCUGUCUUUAGGCCAUUCUCCAGCACGCCCCAGCCCAUCGGCAAGCCAGAUGCUUCAGCUUCAAGGCAUGAUCACGCCGAAGGGAAACCUCCACUGAGCACUGGCGAUCUCAAUCGAUACUUUUCCACCAAAACAAUAUUCGACGUUGAGCUGAGCUGCAAUGAAGAAGCAGAGCAGGUCCUCCAAGCUAGCUUGACUAAUGACUCGAUACGUCAUGCUCUGCUGUCACUCAGGGCUCUUCGCGGAAAUCUCGAGUCGAAGAAAGAAAGAGAGACAUCCGAGACUGGCGAACAGCAGAGAUUGAGUUACAACUACGGUCUUCAACAGUACAGCAAAGCUUUGACGAGCCUCGCAUCCAACCUUGCAUACCCCAGCCCCGACAGUUUAAAGUCCGCACUGCUUUGUUGCCAAGUCUUGAUCAGCGUUGAGCAAGUCCGAGGUAACUUCUCAGCCAUGGGACUGCACAUAAUUCGUGGACUGAAUAUCCUACGCGAAUACCGCGCCAGACCGUACCUGACCACUGAUGGCCUGAUGUCAGCACGGCACAGCGGUCUGCCUUCCUUGGAUGUCUUCAUUAUAAAGCUGUUCGCUGCGCCUUGCAAGUUCACAGAACAACAACCCUCAGAAUCUUUGAGCAUAAUGACGCCGCCGAUUGAAACGAGGAGUGAUCGAAAACUGGCGCCAAACAUGCGAGCGGAACUCACGAAAGUUGCGACGUCCACUAUUUCAGUUCUUGCGAGGGUUACAGAAAUUCAGUCGGAUGAACAGGCUCAAUCCCUUCUUUCGGAAAGAGGAGACUUGCUUGAUGGAUUGGACUCAUGGCUCGGUGCUCUUGAAAGUCUUCAGCAGGAAACGCAACCAGGAGAGCCCGAGUCAAUCUCCGAUAACUUCCUGCGCAUCUUGUAUCUCAUCUUGAAAAUCGUUCUUCUUGGAACUUUAGAAACUGCACCAGAUCUUGAUGCCAAGCUGAUGGAAGAAAGCAAGCAGCUUCAGGAUUUAGCGAAUCUCGUCAAUGAACGACUCAAGUGCUAUGAUAUGCGACGGGGAAUCGUGGUAGCUUAG